UUAUCCCAUAUUUCGGUCUGGGAAGUGGAUCCUGCCCCGGUGCCCUUGGAAUGAGGAGGAUCCAGGAGAUUCCCGAAGCUUUUCCGGAGUUUCUGGGUCGGAAACUUUGGGAAGAGGCUUUGGGAAAGGAGCGGCUCAAGGGCCGGUGCAGCCGGGAAUGGUUUGGAAAGGGAUCUGGGAAUGAAUCCAUGGAAUUCUCCAAGGGCUGGAGCCAGGCUGGGAAAACUGGGAAUAUUCCUCCGGAGAAGGGAAGGAUCCAGGGAGAGCUUCCAGAACAUUCCAGAGGCUCCAGGAGAGCCGGGAUUUGGGAAAGGCCUGGAGGGACAGGACACAGGGAAUGGAUCCAGAUUGGAAAAGGGGAAUUUGGGAAUUGGGAAUUCCCGGCUGGAAUGGAAUUCCCAGAGCAGCUGGGGCUGCCCCUGGAUCCCGGGAAUGUCCAAGGAAAAGCUUGGAGCAGCCUGGGAUGGUGGGAAUUGUCCAGGGCUUGGAAGUGGAUGGGCUUUGAGGUCUUUCCCAGCCAGAAUUCCGGAAUUCUGGAAUCCUUCCCACGGAAUUCCGGCAGCGCCUCGGGAAGGGCCCCAGCCUGGCCCAGGGGAGGCUGGGAUGGGAUUUUUGGGAAUUUUUCCAUGGAAAAAGCGCUCAGGCCUCGGCAGGGGAGGUUUGGAGGAAUCCAAGGAAUUCCUGGAAUUCCACUCAGGGCUGGGAUUGGGCUCAGCUUGGACUCAGCGGUCUUGGAAUUCUUUCCCACCCACAAUAAUUUGGGAAUUCUGUGCUCGUACCCCCACGGGAAUUCCCAGCUCAUCCCGGUUAUCCCUGAGCUUCCCAGCAAUUCCCAACCAAAACCCCCCCGGGGGGGAAAACAAACAAACAAAAAAAAAAUGGGAUAAAAACCAUUCCUCAAAUCUCCAUCAGGAGAUUCCCGGGAAAAAAAAAAAAAAAAAAAAAUCCAGGGAAAAAAAAAAAAUCCCAUUCCAGGAUCCAUGGAAAGGAGGGGACCCAACCCCCGAAGCCGCAGGAGCUGCGGGAUGGAACCCGUGGAAUUCCAGGAAAACGGGGAUGGGAAAAGAGGCGGAGAGGGAGGGACGGGGCUGGAAUUAGAAAUCCUUGGGAUGACAUUCCACGCCCACGGCCGGGAGCUGCGCAUCCCAAAAAUCCCCGCACGGGCCGGGAAGGAGAUGGAAAAAGCAGGAAAAAGCUGGGAUGGGGAAUUUUUGGGAAUUUUGGGGGUUUUUUUAGGGAAGAAACGCUCGCAGAUGGGGUUGGAGGAUUUUGGCAGCGCUGUGGGUUCCCCGGGGAGGAAAAAUCAGGAAGAUUCCGGUUGGGGAGGGGAAAAUUCCUGGGAUGGGGGUGGUUAACCCUUGGCUGGAUGGGAAAGGAAAAGAGGGAGAAAAAAAUCAGAGAUUCCAGGAAAAAUUCCCGGGAUGGAGGUGGUUAACCCUUGGCUCUCUGGAAAAAAAAGAUUGGGAUUAAAAAUCAAAGAUUCGAGGAAAAAUUCCCGGGAUGGAGGUGGUUAACCCUUGGCUGGCUGGGAAAGAAAAAGAGGGAGAAAAAAAUCAGAAAUUCCAGGAAAAAAUUCCCAGAAAAAGGUGGUUAACUCUUGGUUGGCUGGGGAAAAAAAAGAGGGAGAAAAGAUCAAAGAUUCCGGGAAAAAUUCCCAGAAACGUGUGGUUAACUCUUGGCGGACUGGGAAAAAAAAGAGGGAGAAAAAAAUCAGAAAUUCCAGGAAAAAUUCCCAGAAAAGUGUGGUUAACCCUUGGCUAGCUGGGAAAGAAAAAGAGGGAGAAAAGAUCAAAGAUUCUGGGAAAAAUUCCCGGGAUGGAGAUGGUUAACCCUUGACUGACUGGGAAAAAAAAGAAUGGGAUUAAAAAUGAAAGAUUCCAGGAAAAAUUCCCGGGAUGGAGGUGGUUAACUCUUGGCUGACUGGGAAAAAAAAGUGGGAGAAAAACCUCAAAGAUUCCAGGAAAAAUUCCCGGGAAAAGGUGAUUAACCCUUGACUGACUGGGGAAAAAAAAGUGGGAGAAAAGGUGAAAAAUAUUCCAGGAAAAAUUCCCGGAAAAAGGCGGUUAACACUUGGCUGACUGGGAAAAAAAGAUUGGGAUUAAAAAUCAAAGAUUCGAGGAAAAAUUCCCGGGAUGGAGGUGGUUAACCCUUGGCUGGCUGGGAAAAAAAAAAGGGAGAAAAGAGCAAAGAUUCCAGGAAAAAUUCCCGGGAUGGAGAUGGUUAACCCUUGACUGACUGGGGGGAAAAAAAUGGGAGAAAAGAUCAAAAAGAUUCCAGGAAAAAUUCCCAGAAAAAUGUGGUUAACCCUUGGCUGACUGGGAAAGAAAAA